GCUGAUUCGAGCGCCAUCGCAUCCACUUUUUGUGGUAUUCCUGAAAAUCCAAUCAUGCCAGGCCUGGACCCUGGUUGCCGUGGGCACGUAUUCCAAGUGUAUCGAUUUGUACAAGGACGCACCAUCGUGCACUUUCAAGACCGUGAGCGGCGUCACGCAAGUCGAAUUUAGCUCCUGCGAGACCAAACUGUUUUCCGCGUGUCAAAAGAGCCGCGAAUUGCUGUGCUGGGACCUCCGUAAUCCUGGUGACGUACGUUCUUCAUUCGUUCGAGGGGAGACAAUCGGAUACUAAUCAAAGGAUACAGUUUGACGUUACGUGCAACGGCAAACAGAUGAUCUCUGGUGGUACUGAUGGAAAUAUUACUGUAUGGGAACUGCCAGACGUCACGGAAUAUGGUGAAAAUUUGAACCCAAAGUACAAGAUAAAAUUAUCUGAGGAUUGUAUAAAUGGAACGAGCUUGCACAAAACUUUACCGAUAGCAGCAACCAGUUCCGGACAACGUGGUAUUGAGACCGAGCACAGAGACGACAGCGUAAAAUUAUGGGGGGCCCUUUGACAAGACAUCACACGACUGUAAACAGACCUGUAAAUACUUGAUUUUAUGGCUCCGUUAUCAUUGACAGUACUCGUGCUGACUUUAUCCAAGAAUUUGUGGAUAAAAAGGACAGGACAAUUUUGCCAACACUGACAAUAAGCAACAGAACAGUCUGUAUGUAUCAUAUGUAUUUAUAUAGAGUUAUUGUUGUUAGUAUUCAUACAUCUGUAAAUAUAUAUUAGGAUAUUAGUAAUUUAUAUUUUUAUAUUCCAUAGUUUUAUUUCUUUUUACAAUGGAGAAAUGGUAUAAUUAUUAAUAAUAAACUUCUUUUAACGACCCUUCUCACUGGCACAUUUAUUCCAUUAAAAAAUUAUAUAAUUAUUAUUUCUAAAUCCAUCAAUUGCUAAAAUGUUACAUUAAUAGUAAAAAUUUCGUUCGCAUAUAUAAAAUUGGAAAACACUUAUGAAAGUUUUAUGUCGAGAAUUUUCAAUUACGUUAAAAAAGUGCGUCGAUAUGUUAUUAACUAUGUCCUGAUUUCUCGUGCUCUCCCGCACAUGCGUAUCACUAUACAAAGGCUCAAUAUAACGUACGGUCUCUUAUAAAUACACUAUGUAACAAAUAUCUAUGUGAACAAUAAAGGUGUUAGUUAUUUUUC